CUCGCCAAGUCCUAAAUACAUGCUGCUCGUCACUGCUGCAGCACUGUGUCCUAGGACCAACGGCGGACCAGUUGUUUUGUGGCUGCCUCAAGCCUCAGCACGCCUCGUGGCUCCCUCCCCGCAGUGUUCCAGGACAGACCUCGAAUAAAACAUCAUGCGUGGCAACUCGUGACGGCCAAACAACUCUAUUCGAUCUCUCUGCUUCGUCCUGGCCAUGGUCCUCAUCUGCUUGCCGUUUGCCUAGAGAACCCCCCGCCGCGUUGUCCUGCUCACAACAGACCACCGUCAGCGAGUGCGACUAUGGAGAGCUCCUCAAGGCGUUCCUCCUUUGAGGAAUCGGGCCUCGCCGCCUCAGCCUUACGACGAUGGACCCGAAGUCCCGCUGGCCACCGACUGGGUCUGCGCCGCUCUGGCACUGGCUCGACCGCCUCUGCGUCUGUGACUUCGUUUGAGAGCGAGAGGAGCUCGCCCAACUGCGUGUAAGGCCAUGCGCUCGAGAUGAUUGCCUGUUGCUGCACGGCGCAAGUCUGCCCGGGAGCUGACCCAAGACCGCUGUCAACUAGAUCCCGCGAGAUGUCGAGCGAUGAGUGUUCCCUGCACAGAUUUAUCGUCUGGGUCGCCGUCAAGCGCAAUGGCUCAGCGAGGAUCACUCCCGAGCAGAUGAGGGAGUGUCCCAUGCUUCGCUGUCGCAGGGUCUUCCCCAACCACGAAUUCAUGCUGCAGCACCUCUAUUCCUGUGAGCACCUCGAGUCAAGCGAGUACUGGUGUUAUGACUGCGGCAAGGCCGAGCACCUGGGCGACGUCAAGUGCAGACGUUGCCUAGGGCACCCGUCCAAGAGAAAGAGGAUGAUGUCCCUGGCCAGAAACUUCUUCAGCUCGCUGGGCCACAAGUCCAAGAAUGGCAGUCUUCCGGACCUGGAUCUGGAUAUAAAAGACGACCCUCCAAGUUACGAGUCGGCCCUGGAACCUCCAAAAGCUGAGUUGCAGUCGACCGAAAUCCACGAGAUCGGCUCUUCCGAGCAUUAUCUUGCCACCAUCCCGGAGGCGAGAGAGGAGCCUGAAUCAUACCCGGCGUACCUAUUCAACAUGUCAUCCAUGACCACCACGGUUGCACCACAGCCACAAACCGUGGAUCUCCAAAACGUACGCGCCGUGAUCGACGAGUCACUCAUCAAUUGGGACCUCUCCCCAACGCCGGAACCUCCGAAUGUGGCCGCGGAUGUCGUCGCACGGCCCUCUCCCUACGACCGCCCUGUCUUGCAAGUACACACCCAAGGCCUGGCAGAUUAUUACCGUGCAAGAUCAAGGGGUAAAAGCAAGGCUGGCAUGCUUGCCCCAAGCUCGUCAGUCCGGUCAACAGCCAGUACAGCCAGUACCAACAGUACCUCGAGCACUGCCAGCCAUAACAUCUCCCCUAUGUCCGCCUGGUCGGGAUCUUGGAGCAAGGCUCCCGGGUUCGACUCGGCACUUACCUCCCCAGCUGACGACUUGAACCUCGCCGAUGUGUUCCCGCAGGGCAACAGUGAGUAUAAGCGACAAGUCGACUUUGCGGCGCAGAUGCAGAUGGAUGUUCAGGACACUGCGGCCGGGCCAGUCAUACAAGAACUCCCGGCAGAGUUGCCAACAUUCGAUAUCCUUCACAUGCCGGAUGCGCUUGACACCGAACCAGAGCCGGCCCCUGAGCCAUCCUCGAAGGAGCAACACUUGGAAGGAAAUCUGGCAUUUCACUGGCCCAACAAUGCCCAAAGUUCUGCAACGAUGCUGGCUAAUGCCUUCCGGAAUCAAUACGUCGACACCCCAGCGCUGAUUCAAACAGCACAAAAUGUCAUUGAGGUCCAUAUCACACACUCCAUGAAGGGCUUGCGAUGCGAUGGGAAAAACCACGUCGUUAACCAGUUCUGCAAUAUGUCCGCUGCAUCUGUCGCAUUGGCUGGCCUGGAGACCAUGGCUGAUCUCUUGAGUGGCAACGUCGUCACUUCUGCCGUCAAGCUGCUUUGCUUCGUUCACGUUGUAUAUGCGCUCUCGCUUGUUAUCGAUGAGCAAGAAGCUGCUUCCCGGUCCACGGCUCUGUUUACCCAGGCCGUUUCAUACAGCUCAUGGCUAUCUCGCGAGAAUAAGCUGGCAUAUAUUCAGGUCGUUGAUUUCUUGUGGAAACCAGACGCCAUGCCCGUCGAUGACUUCGUGGAUCUUCUACGGUCGAGCCUGUCACAGCCAGAUUUCGACCCGGCUACGUCAAAGGGCAAAGCGCCGGCGACCUGUCAAAGCAUGGACCGAUCCGACCCACUAGUAUUUGUCGCACAAUACUUCCUGGAUGAAGUGGAAGCCUCGGUCCUGCGCAAGGCCACGCAUAUCGACAUACAGGCAUCGGAAGUAUGGCGAGAACACAUAAACGACAUUAACCUGGACGCCCAUGAAGGCUCACCGUUUGCCAUCGCCGCCGAAGACGCAAUGACUUGUCUUGCGCAACAGCAUAAUGGAGUUCCUGCCUUUGGAUCGGCUAUGCGCGAUAUUCUGGACAGAGUCAAGUCAAAUCACAUCGCUACGCCACGUCGACUGGAGUUGGAGCUAUUGCAAGCGGGAAAGAUGCGACUUCCACUCAGCGUCCCAUUCGACAAUUAUAUUCUCUCUGUACGCGAACAGAUCGACUCAUUAUUUCAACUCUUCGAUAUGUCGUUUGGACACGCAGAUCCCCGCCUCAGAUACUAUCGAAGCGGCGUGCAGUUGGUGGCAUCUGUAAUUGGCAAGACGGCCCCAGCAGAUGUAGGCAUGAGCAACGCAGAGGCGGCGUUUGAGCCCCUCGGUUUUGAAGGCCGAAUGACGCCAAAUAUGGAUGACUUGUUGAGUCAAGUUCCGAACUGUGGCCUUGGGCUACGCGUUGGACUCGACGUGUCCCUUACGGAUGCACCUGUACCUGUACGGGCAACGUCCAUACCUGUGGUGACCGUCGAGCCUCCGGCGCCAAUGGGCGCCUCAUGGAUGCCGACUCCGGAGGCAUCGUCGUCCUCCAGCCUAUCAUCAGCAGCAGCGGGCUCGCCAACUUCUGCCUCACCAACACCCGUCUCAUCGUCGUCUAAAAAAGUGAAGGCGGACAGCUGCUGCGACAUCUGCGGCUACCGACCGAAGGGCGAUCCUCGGUGGUUCGGAGGUAGCAUGGCCAAACACAGAAAACUGCAGCACGGUACCGGACCACCCAAGAUAUAUAAAUGCCCCUACCCUGGGUGCACGAGCCAGUAUAAGCGCCGGCCGGACAACCUGAGGCAGCAUCAGUUGGACAAGGGACAUUUUGUGGACAACGAUGAUGACUCAAGCCGACGGCCCAGCAAGAAGAGGAAGCAUAUGGACCGGUGAUGACUUUAUAUGUGAUUCUGCCUUUUUUCCCUUUGGUUUCGGGCGAGGCGGAGUUUGGAGUCUGCGACUGGGGCUAUUGGCCUGGGACGAUACCAUACGUGCGGGUAGGGGCGCCGGCUUUCUGCAGCCCCCGGAUUAAUGGAAGACCAGGCUUGAGGGUCGGGGUUGCCUGUGGAGGGGCGGCGUCGGAUACACACAGGCAGGAACUGCGGAGUAUAGGGAGCACGAAGUCACAAGGAUGCGAAAGUCAUCAGCCAAAGAGCACCACGCUUUAGAGUUACACGGCAUAUCCAACACUUCUGCUAGAGCAGCGAGAUAUCUUUUGGAAGGAACACACAGAGGCCAGGUUUCAGGCAACACGGGUGGUUGGACAAGCCGCAUGUGGGGAAAUCGCGUCGUGACGCAUGUGCUCCAAUGCGGUGAUGGAAGAUGCCGGCGGAGGCGUGUGAUGCGGCGAGCGAAGUUGCUGUCCGACAGGAAGGUGAUCAAGUUAUUGACCAACUACUAACUACAACACAAUAAUAAUGAUAAUGAGCAGCUGUCACAUUGC